ACGGAAGCGUUUGAACUGCAGUCGCGUCCCGUGAUAAUGAGCUUGUCGUUCAAACUUUAAUAAUAACCAUGACUUUUCACAAUGUUUCCCAGCAGGCGCUGGUCGGAUCCGUCACACUGGGGGUCGUUUUUGUCGUAGGCUAUUUCUUUGGAAAAAGUAAAUCUCCCAGAAUGAGCAUCGCCAAAAGUCACUCUAGUCGAGUGAAGGACCCGCUGCUGCAGUACGUCCUGGAUCACUCCAUGAGGGAGCAUCCGGUGCUGAAGAAGCUCAGACUGAGAACGAUGGAAGACUCCUGGAACAUCAUGAUGGUGGCCUGUGAGCAGGCGCAAUUCAUGGCCAAUCUGGCCAAACUAAUAAAAGCAAAGAAGGCAAUAGAGAUUGGAGUUUACACAGGCUACAACACACUAAACAUGGCACUGGCCUUGCCUGAAGACGGAGUCGUGGUCGCGUGUGAUAUCAAUGAAGUCUACACCAACAUUGGCAAACCCUUUUGGAAAGAGGCUGGAGUUGAGCAUAAAAUUAACCUACAGAUUCAGCCAGCCAUGAAAACUCUAGAUGAUCUCGUCUCUUCUGGCCAGGCUGAAACGUUUGACUUUGUCUUUAUUGAUGCAGACAAAGUUAAUUAUGACCACUACUAUGAAAAGGCCCUGGAGCUCUUGAGAGAAGGGGGUAUUGUUGCAAUUGACAAUGUGCUGUGGGGCGGCCAGGUUCUUAAUCCAUCUAAAGGUGAUGCAGACACUGUGGCUAUUGACAAGUUGAACAAGAAGUUGCACAAAGAUACUCGAGUUACACUGAGCAUGCUCCCAGUGGGAGAUGGGCUCACGUUGGCAGUCAAACUGUAAGAAUUAUUAUUGACAAGUGCUAAAAUGUACUGAUUUUGUCAAGCUGAAAAACCAUUGCAGUAUAAUUUUAAAGUUACGAUCAACAUAAUGAUUACAGUAUGGUGGUCAGAACAUGGUAGGGAAAACAGAGUGUGAUUACACACCACAGUAUGUUCAUUAUGUUACAUAUAUUGUUACAUGUGCCUAUUUUAUAGUUGAAAGUGUAGUGUUUGAAUUAUGUAAUAAAGAGAUUGAAU